GAUCACCUGGUGGUCCGUCUUGUUGCUCGUGUUCAAGGGCAGCCGCUGCAGACAGUACACGUUCCUCGGAACCAUGUAACUCGGCACCCGAUGCCCAAGGAGCCGCUUCAGCUCGGUCCCAUGGAUAUUCUGUGGCGAGACAAAGACACACAGGUCGGUGCCCGACGGAGACGACUGGACCGAGACGCUAAUGAUGGACGGCAUCACAGCCACAAUAGUGCGUCCCAGAUUGUCCAGGUCAAUCCUCGACGUCGGCCUCGCGAUCCAUUCUGCCCAUCAAGAACACGGUGCCAUCGG